GGUACUUGAAGGCAGCAAACAGUGCGUGAUGACGACAGCAGGAGGUUGAGUAAAGAUGGCGCCUGUGGCCGUGAGAGCAGAGCUGGUGUACAGAGACGGACAGAGGGAGAAAGUCAGCGUUAAAGUAGAAAACACUCUGAGUUCUCUCAUCAGUGGAAUUCACGAGCUGAACGUGAACGUGUCACGACUUCUCAGCGAGCUGGUGGAGCAGGAGAAGGCGCACGGAGUCUGCGCAGAAGGUGAGGAAGACGACAGUGAUGAUGAUGAUGAAGACGAGGAGCCAGAGGAGCCUUCCAACACGGAAGUACAGCCUCCAGCUAAACGACCCAAAACAUGAAACACCUGAACUCACCUGAGGACACUAUGGUGCACCUGAACUCACCUGAGGAUCUGUUAUGCUGGGAUUAAUCUGAUUCAAUGCAAUCAGACUCUAGUGGGAGGUUUUGUUUAUUUGUUUGUUAGUUUUUUAAUAAAAAGAAUGAAACAAAAUAAAAAAUGUGAGCCGCUCUGUGAAAUCA